UUUGCAUGACAACCACGUGACCUGUACGUCACGAAAAUAAACCAGGAAGUGCUAGUCAGUACGUGGCCUUAUCAUCUUGCGCCACAGAAAGAGGAGCUCCGCAUCAUUGCAACAAUGGAACUCGAGGCUAUGACCAGAUACACCAGCCCGGUGAACCCGGCUGUGUUCCCCCAUCUCACUGUCGUCCUUCUGGCCAUCGGCAUGUUCUUCACUGCCUGGUUCUUCGUCUACGAGGUGACGUCAACAAAAUACACCAGAGAUGUCUACAAAGAGCUGCUGAUCUCCCUCGUGGCGUCCCUCUUCAUGGGCUUUGGCGUGCUGUUCUUACUACUUUGGGUUGGCAUCUAUGUAUAAAGUUUCAUGUGACUGACUUAAACAACACAUUCCAUCGGAACGAAGGACACCAAACACAACAUGGACCGUUUAAUUGGACUGCACUGACAUUUUGGGAUCUUAUGGACUCUGGUUUUCUUGUCACAAGUAAAGAGGAUUUGUAUAACUUUGUCUUUCUUUGUUCAACCUGAUAUCAAACAAAUGCAAUAAUCCAUGGAUCACAGAUUGGAACAAUAAAAUGUUGACAAACAAUA